AUGUCUCGACCCGGUCCUUCACCUCCACCAGCUCUGACUCCCAUCGCUUCGACUUCCACAGCUCACUUGGGAUCCCGGUCACUGCACUCAGACGUGCGUCACAGACACGAUAAACAGCCAGCUACGUAUCCCCCUCAAACAGCAUAUACACCGUCUACUACCAGACCCAAGAGGAGAAAGAGACGUGAUGGAGAGAAAAAAGGUAGAAGGCUAUUGAAAUGGAGACGGGGGAUAGUGACAGAGGCAUUCAGAAGAUUUGGUGAACAUUGUGCGAGGAAUCAGAUACGAACUUUACUUAUCGAUUGUCUAGUAAUGACCAACCUUUUCUACCCUUCCCUGGCUUUGUACUUACAAAAGCGAUUCCCACCACUACACCCAUCUUCACCGCCUUCACAUCGUCUGCCCCUACAGGGAGAAGCUGGACCUUCGACCUAUCGUCGGAAUCAGCGGGAACAUCCAUUAUCUCUACUUAGUACGCCCGUCCUGGACAGCUUCUUUCCCUACCCUCCACCAUUACUACCCAGACUUGUAUGGGCAGGAUGGUGGGGCAGAGAUACAGGUCAAGAUGAUCUGGACGAUCAUGGCUGGGGCCUUAGUAGAGCUUUACCCGAAGGAGCCAAAGAGCAGGACGAAGAAAUCCGAAUAAUGAGGGUCGCUUGGUCCGACGUAGAAGAUGUACUUGAUAGGGACACAGAGGCUGGGGAGCGGUCAUGGGAAGAAAGGGACCAUAUCUUGUUGAGUUUAGUAAGGGAUGUAGCGGAAGAAUGGGAGCAGAGAUACAAGUCCAGUGGAGAAAGAUGUGUAAGGCAAUUGGAAGGCGCAGAGGGAGAAGCGGUCGAUUCCACGGGACCAUGCUACAUCCUUUCACCAGAUCACGACGCUCCGACAAGCAACGGUACUCAGACCUCACUGUCGUCUUUGGCAUUUCAUACUGAAAUGCUGUCUCAAGGCACUACCGAUACAAAUUCUUACGCAUGGACAUCGAAUGUGGGAAACUUUUAUCAUAGCUUUGGUGUCCUCUUCCACGUACCUCAAAACUCCACAAUCGAUUUCGAAUCCCGUUGGCAGGAAACUAUGGAUUUCGUCGCGGGUAAAUUGGAUGGAGAGGUGUUCACCGAGGCCCGAAGGUCGAAUUCUGUCGAUAUGGAUCAGACAGGUCAAUGGUAUCUUUCGUACACCUCGUCUUCACAAAUCAACGACCAAACUGUCUCGUCUGGUCACCCUUAUGUCGCUCGGCAUCCUGAAACACUUUCUGCCUCGCCUCCUAGGAUCGUGCUCAUCCUCUACGCUAUCCUAUUCACUACGUUGAUUGCCCAGCUAUCUAAUGCCUCCAAAGUGCAUUCACGAUUCGGUCUGGCUUUUACUGGUGUAGUCCAGUUGUGCUGUUCCUCCGUCAUGAGUUUCAGCGUGUUAGCUUUACUCGGUUGGAAUGGGUGGGGAGCUUCGAUGAAACAGAGCAGUCUACCUACUUAUGUCUUACCUUUCGUCAUCGUUGUUGUGGGUGCUGAGAACAUGUCUACCCUGACAAAAGCGAUAUUCUCAAUCCCAUUUACGCACUCAGUCCCCGUUAGGAUAGGUCUCGGUCUAUCGAAAGUCGGAACUACCAUCGCUCUUACCUCACUGACCGAUCUGUUGGUAUUGGGAGUAGUAUGGCUUUGUGUGAAUUUACAACCGGUCAGAGAAUUCUGCCUUUUCGCAGCGGUGGUCAUCAUCACAGACUGGUUCAUGCUUCACACUUUCUUCUUGACGGUCUUGUCCAUUGAUGCCCAAAGGUUGGAAUUGGCCGAUGUUCUUGCGUCGAACGGAGGGCCACCUGUUUCUCCCGUUCAUCAAGACCCCAAUUCGGAAGACCCUGCGGAAGGCAAACAAAGUGGAUUCAGCUGGCGGAAACUUUUGCGCGCAAGGACAACCAAAAGUGGAAGUCUCGUUUUGCUGCUUAUGACAGUCGGUAUGCUGUAUUGGCUUACGGAGCGACAUCGCACUUCCUUGAACACGACUGCCAGUUUGUACGGAUACACGCCUACUUCCGGUUCCAGCACCACGACAUCUCUGCUUGCUACUCCCACUCCCUUCAUCACCAAAUCGACCGAUCUAUUCAACCUCAACCCCGCCGAAAGACUAUGGCGUUCCCUCAACCCUCUCGGCUGGUCAUACAUAAAGAUCUUCGUGCCUCCUGCGUCUAUCUUGGUCUUACCUCGCUCGGGACAUUCUAUGCGUCCGGCAGAUAUACGGAAAUUAUCCUUACCAACAUCCAGAUUACUUCUUCCUCGACUGAGACCGUUGUUCUACUUGUUCAAAGUGGUAAUUCUACCUCAAGCAAUCACAGCGGGGGCCCUGUAUGCUCUUUUGUUAUAUCUGCUUAAAGAUGCCGAUUUGCUUGACGCUCAACGAGAUAGGCUAGGAAGAGUUGACGAGCAACAACAAGGAAACGAAACCGACUCCUCACCGAAUGGGUAUCUCGAGAACCCCCUUUUGGAGAGUCUGACAGCCAACAUGCUACCGUGUAGUCAUGAGAGUGAUAUCGAUUUGAUAUCGACCUCUCCGGAUGGGUUGAUAGCUCUUACAGUGGGGAUAGAUAACACCAUCUGCCUAUGGAGAUUCAGCGAGUCAAGUGAUGGGAGCGGAACGAGGGAGAUGCUCUCGAGCAAAACUUUAGAUCCUGAAGAUCCCAUCGUGGCCUCUACAAUAAGUGAUGAUGCGAAGUAUGUCGGGAUCUGUACGAUCAAUGGUUGGAUACAAAUUUGGGAAAUUCCGAAUGAAGGUCAGAUAAUCCCACUUGAUGCGAGAAGAAUCGAUAGUCCCUUCAUGGGAAGAUCUAGAAUUGCUAGUAUGGCAUUUGAGAGUCCCCCAACGCACGAAAGGAAAGAAGAUCCCUUCACCAUCACGCCGACCAGGUCGUCCAGCAAACCCUUAGUCACAGGUCCGACAAUACUGGUCGCCCUCACCAACGGGUGUGUCUUAUCUCUCGGUGUUGACUCGUCUCCGAUACCGAUUAUCCAGCCUGAUCAACUCGAUAUACCCACUCGUACGACUUUCAUCCGAGCCGAAGGCAUUCUUGACAUACUCAUGCUUUCACCUCGGAUUGUUCAAGUGUAUCGCUACAUCUCAUCAGGCUGGUUUCCAAUACUCAUAUCGGAAAAUAGUGAAGAUAGAAUAACAGCUGUAUCGUUACCCGAUCCUGCUUUACCUGGCUUAUGGGCUGUGGGACAUCAAUCGGGGUCUAUCGAAAUAAUCGAUGAGAUUAUCGGUCAACUUGUGUCCAUAUCGCCUACUAGCCCUGGAGAACUUAUCAGGAAAAUCCGGUUGGUCAAACCAACUUCAAUGAGAUGUGUAGGAUGCAACACGAUGACUACAGACGGAUAUUUGGUAAUAGCAUCAAGCAGCACUCAAAUAUGUAUUGACAGGGUCUCACCGAGGAUAUCGAAUAAUUCAUUUUGUAGAUGUUCCGCUUCCACAUCGUCUCGAGCAAGAUCAUCUUUGGAUGAAAAUACACGACCAUCGCCUACUCGAUUCAAGAAUGGUAGUGGUGAUCAAGGGUUGGUAGUACCUCCUUUAUGGAUCCAGAAACGUUAUUCGCCCGGUAAUACAUCACCUCGUAAAUCACCUUCGUUAUUAUCUUUACCAUCUAAUGGGGAAUUCCCUUUAUCAUCUCAUGGAGGAGCAAGAAGAUUAUCUAAUUUACAUAAACCCGAUGACACGGUUAAUGGAUUGAUCUCUUCAAUGGAUCGAAAUUCGAGCUCCGUAUCGGGAGGUGGAUCUAAUGGUAUUUCACCUGCGGGUGAAUUUGAAAUCCAAUCGCUUGGAUCAAUCAUCAUAACCGAUACGAACGGAGAAGGAGAAAGAGAUGGUGAAGGUAUUAAUUGGGAGAUUGUGAAUGAUCGUUUGCUAGGAAUGAGAAAAGUCAAAUUUGGUUUAAUUGAUGAUUCACAAUUCUCCAUCUUUUCUCUGGAUUUAAAAAACGAAUUAUGGAAUGGAUCUUGUUUGGUCGUUCAUUCAACAGCAUUCGAAGCGUUGAUUGAAAAAUCAAGAAUUGCCCAUAUGACGUCUUCAGAACUGUUAGGGAUGGAAAUGGGAAUGAGGGAAAGGAGAAUGGAAAGAAUAAAUAGUUUAAACGGAAGAGCUUCAUUCUCUUUCUCUUUUCCCUCUUUCGAGACUUAUACCGAUUUAGAAAAUGGCGCGAGGACAAGGACAGGUCCAGGAAGGAAAAGUUUAUCAGUACCUACAUUUGAGAAAUUAGGGUAUGUCCGGAUUAACCAAUUUGGUAUAUUGCAAGACCCAGGAGGAGGAGGAGGAGGAGGAGCGAUUAUAGGUGGAUUUGGGAAUAGGUUAGGAAUAAUAUAUCUCAAUGAUAUAGACAGACAGAACGGAAAGGAAUUGAGGAAUAUUGGAGUUAGUUCUACGCGUAACGAGAGUACAACUAUUGGAUUUGGAUUAUCUACACCUACGUCUACACAACAAGCAAGAAGAUCAAUCUCAAAUACGUUUCCUUUGAACCCUCCCCCACCACCUAUAUCUAAUCAUAAUAACACUCCUACACCUGCCACGCGGGUUAUCACUGGGACCGCAACGGGGCCGGGGAUAGGGCAUAAAAAAGUUGAAUAA